AUUACCUAGUUUCCCAACCAAUUUCAAACCAAGAUGAGCCCCCAUGCAAAUAAGAUCACCACCAACAACACCACCACCACCAAUGCCCUAUAUCCACCGCCGUUGAAGAUCAACAAGGACUCCCAUUUCAUCAAGAAACCCUCCUCCUCCUCCUGCACCUCUUCGCCGCCGUCGUCGUCAUCCUCAUCGUCCACGUACGCAAUGUUAGGGUCCACCGCCACUAGACCGCCGCAGCAGCAGCGCCACCCGGUGAUCAUCUACACGCAUUCCCCUAAAAUCAUCCACACGCACCCGCGUGACUUCAUGUCGCUGGUGCAGAAGCUCACCGGCCUCUCGCGGUUCGAGGAUGACACGUCGCCGGCGGCGGCGAAACCCGAACCGCUAGAGACGGGAAAUAACAACAACAACAACGUUGGCAUGUCGUCAUUGGAGGAGGAGAUGAUGCAUAAGAGCCCUAAUCAGGUUAAUAGCAACAAUGUGAUGAUAAGAAACGACGACAACGAAUCUUCGUCGGUGAUUACCGAAGAGAAUUGCAGCAGCAAUAACAGUAAUAAUAAUCUUAACAACGUAGGAGGAGGAGGGGAUUCAUCAUCGUGCUUUGUGCCGCCGAAUCCAUAUCUAACCAACAUUCCGGUGUUCACGCCGAACACGGAUUUCUUGUGCACCAAUUCCAUGAACAUAUUUAAUUACGACUCUAUGAUCGAUCAUCGUUGAUCUGGAGACUACUAGUUCCUUUUAAUUCGUCGGCAAUUCUUCAAUUCACAGAGAUAAAAGCUUCCCAGAGCUCGGAAUGAUGGCCGUAAUUACGCGCAAGACUGGUUAAGGGAAGGACUCAUACCAAUUUUUUGUUAGAGUAUUUCAUUUCAAUUCAUAAAAAUUAAAAUUUGUUGGUACGUUGUUGUUUACCAUUUGAUUUUUUGGUAUGGUCAAGUCAGUUGCAAAUAAGAGUUCUAAGUUUUUGGGUAGAACUUGUUAAAGGUUAAAAUAGUGUCUGUUUUACCACUUGAUAUUACUCUAUACAAAGAAAUUCAUUGCUCG